AUGGUAUUCAAAUUCACUAUUGACAAUGUUUUGAACAAAUAUGUACCUGUAAAUAGGUUAAAUAGACUCCCCAAACCAGUACUGAGGUUCCUAGGGUGCCACAAGACAUCACCGGCACCAGAUUACUUAAUAUGGCUUGAAAUAUUGGUUUCUUCGUUCUGUGGGAUUGCUUUGCUAGGAGGUAUUUUUAAAAGCCAGACAGUUUUUACGCACCACAAUGUCCCAAUAAUAAUUGCAAGUUAUGGCGCAACCGCCAUUUUAUGCUUCAAUGCUUCACUGGCACCCUUAGCGCAGCCAAGGAACAUAUUUUUUGGCCAUUUUUUGUCUUCAUUGAUUGGGGUUUGCAUUCAAAAGUUGUUUCUGUUAAGCCAGCGAGGAAGAGAUAAUUAUUGGGCUAGUGGAGCCCUUAGUGUUGGAGUUUCUUCAGUCGUAAUGUCAAUUACAAACUGCGUACACCCACCUGCUGGAGCAUCUGCUCUUCUUCCCUCUUCAGAUGAGCAAAUCAGGGAAAUGAGCUGGUGGUACUUGCCUGCGCAGAUUAUCUCGUCUGUCUUAAUUAUUGCAGUGGCUAUGAUAACAGGAAACAUCUUGCGAUGCUAUCCCGUCUAUUGGUGGACAUCGGCGAGCCUCAAAAAGGAACCCCAAGAAGAAAAAGAAAAAGAAGAACAAGAAAUUCCUAAAGAAAAUAACUUCAGUAAAGUCACUAGCUCAUCUUCGUUCGUGAUCAAUGGAGACCAUAUUUUAAUCCCCCCUUCAGUAAGCUUGAAUGAGAGUGAAGUGGAAUGGCUCAAUAUCUUACAGAAAAAGCUUAAUACAUUGGAAAACCCAAAAUUAGAAAAUAUUUAA